AUGUCUGAUCAAAUCAAGAAAGGCGACGACGUCUCGUGGAAAUGGGGCAGGGGCAAUGCAACCGGAACAGUUGCGGAAAUUGUCGAGGAAGGCAAAGCACAAGUAACGAGCAACAAGGGUAAUACUGUUACUAGACAUGCUAAGGACGGUGACCCAGCCGUCAAAAUUGAGCGCAAAGGAAACAACGUUGUGAAGCUGGCUCAUGAGUUGAACAAGACAGAUAGUUAG